CAUCGUCCUUUUUGUUCUUUCAUUUCAUGCAUUUUUCAUGUAUGCAUACGAAGCGAUCAGGGACAUAAAGAAACGCAUUUGAAUGUUGCGCUGAUAAACAAUGAGUUUAGCGAAUGGCGAUGGCAUUUGCGUGAAAAGAAAAGUAGCUAAUGAUUCAACUGUUUACCCAGAAACAAGGCUUUCGCACCGAGCGUGAAACGAGUGUUUCGUUACCAAAGGAAAGGGUUUAUUCGAAUUUUUCACGUAACGUUACCGUUGGGAUAAUGUGAUAAUGUGUCGUGAGGUAUAUGCGUAUCGCGCAUUAUUUGAAACCUUGAAAAAACGAAAGGCGUAACCAAUUCGGCUGUUAGCUUUCCGAUUUGCACGCCGAGUGCGCGCGAAUCGCGCAACGGGAGACGAUACGGUAUCCAAUCACGUGUCACAGAACCGUUGCUCGCCAUAUUGGAUGGACGAGUUUCGAUGACACGCGAGUGCAUCCAUCUUGCGUUGUUGUAACGAUGGUUUAACGAGUUAUGGCGGCAACGGGCAAACGUUGUCGUUAUAGGUUAGAAACGCGGUAGUCACAGUGCUCUUUCGUCAGUUUUGAAUUGUUCUGUUGAGAGCUGUUGAGGACAUUGGCCAUGUGUUUACUUAUGUGCGUCGCUGUCGAUAAAACAUGAAAAUAACAAUCAUACAUACAUCUCGAAUUUGUAAAUAUGUGAAUCGAUGAGGUUUAAGGAGAAAAUUCGAUAAAGGAACAAAGCUACGCUCUCUAAAUUGAAAGGAAGAGAAACUUCUCUUUUUUAAACAUGCAUCAUCAAUUUUAUGACAGCGAAGAGGAAUCUGAACCGAGAAUUACACCGAAACCCGUAUCAAAGCUCGAUCACUUUGCAGUACCGACUGUACCAGAGGUGUCUUUGAUCUUUGAGAAACCCAGGACAGAAGAGCGAAAUGAUCGGAGCAUCGAUCCGUCAUCGGUAAGGCCAACGAAAACGAUAAGAUCUUUAGACGGUACCAUCAAAACGUCCACCUCACCUAGUUGGAGCAAUCACGAUUCUUUUGCCCACUGGAGAGAACAGAGUUACUGUCGAGCUGCCACCUCUACAAGUACAACGCCCAGUUCGUCGUCCCAUGCACACAAGAACGGGAUUUAUAAUCGCGUUGUCACCUGUAAUCACGCGUUGUACUCGCAGGAACAAGAUAAAACUCGCGAUAAGCAGAAAAAGUUAACAAACAGCAGAAUGGGUGGGACCUCCGAUGGAACAUCUGAGAAAAGCGUGAAAUUUCAGUGUUCCAAUGUCGACGAUCCUUACAAUGGUGAACAAAUGACUCGUUCAUCGGCUUCCAAAGGACAGCUAUCUUGUACCUCUCUGCAGAGAGCGACGCGCAGCAUCACUGAUCGUUGCGCAUCGGACAAUGUGAUCCCAGAUCGUGCAUUAAAACAAAGCGAACAUUUGCAAGCGCCGUACAGCAGAUAUCAUCCACAAUUUUGUUUGCCUGGUUACGCGAAUUAUGGCGUGGACAAUAAUGAGACGGUGAAAACUCUACUGCAGCUCGUCAACAGCCAGAGCGAACAGAUUAGAAAUUUACAACAGCAGAUAGAUAGAUUGGUAAGAAUGCAGGAAGAAAGUUUUCGGAACAAAUCGUCAUGCGCGUGCCAUUCACCGUCCCUCGUUGCGAAUCAAGUACUCGGAUAUCCAUCAAUGAAUUAUUACGACGCCACUUACACGCAACAGCCAAGGCAAGGUGCGAAAGAAGAUGUUGGAUGUGCUCCACAGAGCACGUCCGUCGUGGAGAAAGAGGAUCCAGUGACUGUAACUGUUGACGAAAGCGACAAAUUGGUUGAACCCGUGCCGUUGGAACGGCAAGCCUCGAAGAAAGCCUUUAUGGAGCAGAAAGUUUCCAUUGGCGUCAUGACGAGUUUCGAAUUUACCGUGCAAAAUAGUCCGUUCUUAAUGGAAUCUGAAGUGUAUGAGAAAAAGGAAGCUCCCCCGAGAGAGAAUAACAGCAAGGUAAACGCGAGGAACGUCAAUCUAAAUGUACAUGACGCAUCCGAGUCUGCUAAGAGGUACAAGAGUACGUUUGCGCGCAAGCCUGGAACAGCGCAACUGGAAAACAUAGUCGAGGACUCGGAGAGUCAUUUAUCGUCGAGCCAACAGCAGAGCAGCAAUUUCAAUGCAAGCUCCGUGAGGGAUUUCGACAGGCAUACUCCAAGGCAGUCGGAUUUAUAUAACGCGACGAGUGUUUUAGAAUCGUCGAAGCUGUGUCAGCGCCCAGCCAGAGAUUUCAGUCGCGAGAGGAUGUACGAAGAGGUAUGUGCGGAGAAAAUCGCUGGUGGCAGUAUGAACGGGCGAUUGCAAGAUGCAAGACAAAUCUCGGAUUAUAGUUGUAUUGGCAGUGCGAAUUAUAGUAAGGCGCCUGUCGUCAGCGAUACGGACGGCUGCAGCGCGAUAUACGGAGAAGAGGGCGAGGGUAAAGUUACCACCGACGCGCGUUCCUCCAGUCAUGCGUUCAAUCUCCAUUCAUCUGCGACAGAUUGUUACCAAGGUCACAAGACUAAAGAACAUUGUGCCAAAGAACUUAAAGACGUAGGUGACAGCAUGAUACUGAGUGGUGGUGAUCUUGGAGUGCUCGAGAGGCCUCCUCCGACGCCAGAACCGAGUAUUCACGUUGAGAUGCAGGAGUAUACGAGCGAUGACGAGAGUGACAGAUUGAAACGUACUUCCAAGCUUGGCUGGACUUUUUAUAAUAACGUUUUGGGACAAGUCAAUGACAUUUUACAGAACUCUAGUAUUAUAAAGGACAAGGAUGAAAAUAACGCGAAAGUAGGUCACAGAGUCGAGCAGGAAAAUGACGUGGAGGCUAAAACGGCGUUGGACACUGUUAGGGUGGCCACUUUGGAACAACUUCGGAGACUGGGGAUUAGUCUGACUGAAAACAAUGAACAUAGGGAGCCGAACGGUAACAACAAGACGUUGGACUUUGAUUCGUCAUUUUAUCCCCGUUUGGACCGUCAAGCCAAUAUGAUACACGCCUCGAGCGUCGUAAACGACACCAAUACGAGCAUGCAUAUGAAGGCGUUGGCAUUAAAGUAUCUGAGUGACGAACAGUUGGCGGAUAUAGCGUUGCACAAGCAAGAAUCGUCCUCGUUGAAGCAUGUUUUGCUGAGCAACAUGGAAGGCACCAACAUGUCGUUUGCUACGAUGCGUUACUUGGAGAGAUAUCAGCUGUUGCCAGGAAAGAACAAUGUUCAAGGGGACGGUGCUGAUCGGGUGCAUGGCGAGGUACCACUUAAAGUGGAUUUCAAACCGGCUGUCGGGAAGAAUGGUCCUGCGCUGCGUCGAUUCCCUUUUGUACAGACACCCGGGACCAAUUUAAGGGUGUGUAUACAUCGCUACGUAACAGCUGUGAUCCGGUUGGUACAGAUCGUCGUGUUUCAGGAGUCCUGCCGAGAUCACUGUCCGCAACCGACCGAUCAAUUUAAACCUUAUCCGAGGAUAAAGGAGGAUGCUGGCGCAAACGUGACUUUACAUUGCAAAGGGGUGAAUAUGCUAAUAAUUAAACACAAUCCUGGUAUCUACGUCAUCGAACAAGGUACCAACGUUGAUACCUGGGGCGCAGCAACAGUGAGUAACGGCGGAUUAUCGACAUUCUCAAAUUUGACGGCAGACACCCUUUAUCGUUAUCGUUUGUACAGAAUAACGCAGCACGGCGUUUCAUCGGCCGAAACGUCGGAAUGGUUCUCCACCUUUGCAGUCGAUUAUCAGCCACGUAAAGUCGAACGUGUUUCACUUGGAAACGUCAAAGAAGAAAGUACAAAUGUAUGCAAACUACGGGCGGAAAUUAUUUUUGAGCCCGCUGAAGAUCGAAGCUGUAACUACGAUGUAUUAUCUUGGUCAGGGGAACAUAAUUUGGUGAAUUUUCAUUUAAAAAUGUCUUCAGAUUUCCGCUUCUUUCUCAGACACUUACGAUAUGAUGAAAACAACACCGUAUCAAUCACGUCGGCCAAUGACGACAAUGACUCCAAAGUCAGUAAUACAACGACGUUUACCUUUGUCACUCCAUCUUGCUUGGAAAUGCAUCGCAAUCUAAGUAUCUGCGCGCCCGAGAAGGUAAGAGGUUUGCGAGUGGAGCUUACUCAAAAGCGCAAAGGAUCGUACGACGUUGCAGUUGGUUGGAAUAGACCGACCUUACAACCGGACAAUUACACGUUACAGAUUGACUCGCUUCAAUCCGAACCGCGCCUACUGGUCGUGCCUGGAGAUGCGAUCGAAGCCUUCUUUUCGAACGUCAACGUAGGCCCGCGCUACGAAAUUGGCAUUGUGGCGGAAUCGGUGGGCGGUGUAAGCUUACAAUCGACCGUAUCGGCAAACAUUGACAAAGCAGCAGCGAAACAAACUACGAGCUCAUCUUAUCACGAGAUCAUCGUAGCAUUACCGACAUUAAUGAUUAUCGCGGCAGUGUUUGGGGUGAUUUGUCUGCAGCAUCGCAACAGAAAGACCAGGCAGGUCAAUAUGGAGUAUAUGCAUUUUGAGGAUUCUACUUCAGAUUCCCUGAAGAAACCUUUAAAGCGAGAUUAUACGGCCGAGAAUGCCGAAACUCUCUUGCCGCAUGAUAAAUUUCAACUUUGUCCUGAACAAUUGAAACUUAAGGGUAUAUUGGGCAGUGGAGCAUACGGUAUUGUCAGACUUGCCUCGUUGCAAGAUGAGUUUGGCACCGUAACGGACGUAGCCGUUAAAAUGAUGAAAGAUGAUCCAACCGUAGAAGAUAUAAAAAACUUUCAUCAGGAAAUUUCCAUGAUGAAAUCUGCUGGCCAGCAUCCGAAUAUAGUGUCUCUAAUCGGAUACUGCACUCUGUACAAUAAACCCUUACUAGUGGUGGAGUAUUGUAGCAAGGGAGACUUGCAAACGUACUUGAGAACGAUUUGGCAAAAUUUGGUAAACGCAGUAUUUGAGCGCAGGACUCGCGUAAUGUUCGAUCCAGGAUCUUUUGCCGGUGUAGGCAGAAAUGAAGGAGAAAGCGAGUCUUAUGGGAAAAACGCGCACAUAAUCGCGAAUCGUCUGUAUGACAUUCAACAAGAGGUAAUAAAAUACACUUGUGAAAAUGUGACUUCCGCCGAUUUAUUGAAUUUUGCUAGACAAGUAGCUACAGGAAUGGAGUUUUUGUCCUCUAACCGAAUCGUGCAUCGUGACUUGGCUGCUCGUAACGUGCUGGUACGACCGGACAGAGUGGUGAAAAUUUCCGAUUUUGGUCUCAGCCGCGAUAUCUACCAGGAAAACGUUUACCGCAAGAAAGGAAACGGUAAACUGCCUUUAAAAUGGAUGGCAAUCGAGGCCUUGACUCAUCAAAUAUACACUACUUAUAGCGACGUCUGGGCCUUUGGCAUCUUGCUGUGGGAGAUAGUCACUCUGGGUGCAAUGCCGUAUCCUGGUACUCCGACCAAUCGAAUUUUGCAGCUCCUCAAAUCCGGAUACCGGAUGGAGAGACCAACAAAUUGCAGUCGGGAAUUGUACAGUAUAAUGUAUUCGUGUUGGAAUCAGAGACCUCAGAGCAGGCCUACUUUCGCCGAAUUGAGACAGAGCUUGGACAAAUUGCUCAGCAAUUAUUCGGAAAACAAAUACCUGAAUCUGUGCGAGGUUUUGCAAGAAUCAGAAUCCGACGAAAUCGACAUCGAUUAACACACACGUUGGCACAUCUUCCCAGAAAGAAUCUAAAACUAAUCCCGACAGAUCGAAUCUUGUCAAGUUCACAGAACUUGUACCAUGUGCAAAAUCGUUUAUUUUCUAAUCAUACAUGUAAUAAUUCGUGGUAUAAUACCUUCUCUAUACAUAUGCGUGUGUAUAUACAAUACGUUAAUCGUACAUUUUUUCAAGACUCUCUCAAUGAUAGGUAUACACAUCAACUUGAAGCUCUUUCCUUUACUCUUUAUCAGGAGGUAUGCUGCACCGUGUCGCGUGAUAUUUCCAACUGAUUUGGCAUAUACGCUCGAUUUUCCUCAUCAUCCACGUUUCUUCUAGGAAAGGCAACAUUGACGAGCCGUAUACGUGUAGCGUUACAAAAUUUCGAAAGGCAAAUCCACCCAAUUUGUAGCUUCUCUAUUCUUUGGCGUAUAAAUUUGGCGAAUCUCCCUAAGCGCGAACCGACUCGGCAAUCUUGCAAAACUGACGGGACAAAUAAGAGAGCAUACAAUUGACGGUAAGGAAAAGCAAGGAAAGAGCAACAACAACUUGCGCAUCCGUAUUGUGACAUUUAAAACUAUUCGAUGUAGUAAUUUCAAUGUCAAUUUGCUAUAGCGGUAGUAUGCACGUACCGAUUGGGAAUAUUAGCGAUUGAUAUGAGAAAGAGGUACUUGGCCCAGACAACGCAAACGUCUGGACAUCCCAGUAAAGACGUAAAGUCCAAAAGAUGUAGCGUAUCAGACGGUUCUUUAGACUCGAUCCUUUAUAAACGUCUUGUGGACUUUUCCAUUGUUUGAGUCUCUAUUAAUAGGUAUUACGUCACUGACGAGUCUCUCCUGUAAUAAUAUCACCACGUGUCGUCGCUACUUGCACAAAUCGUGGCUUCCUGACAAUUUAUAUACGAAAUGCGCAAGUAACGAGAACACGUACGACAUCCUUUCGAUAUAAUACUACUGAACGUGUGCGUGUGUACGAGCUUAGAAAUAUCCAACUAUCGAAUAAUCAGUUUGACAAUAAAAAUCCUGCAACGUUGACGAUUUCCAUCGUGUCGUGAGAGUAUCGUGUCGCGCACGUAAUUGGAUAAUGGUUUAAAAAGGUCAUAGAAAAAUUGACGCGCAUUAUAUAACUGUAUGUAUAGUGAUAUAUAAAUAGUAUAUUCUUUUCAAUAUUAAAGUAUACAGCACUGUAUCUUUCAAGGUAACAAACAGCAAGCGCGGACAUCAUCUCAAAACCCAAGAUGCGUUUCAACUGCGAUAAUUAGCGAACACGCAGCCGGGACAAAGUGUUUUGAUAUUUAAAGAUAUACGACGGAUAUAUAUCUUCUCAAAGUAAAAUAUAUAUAAAUAUUACAUCAUAUACAAAUGAGAUACGAAUCAACGUAACUACAUUAUUCGGGUAAAUGGAACUCUUCAUUCUCUGAUAUAAUGUAAAUUUCAUAAAUUAUCCAUCACUAGCUUUUGAUCGCACGAAUUGCGACAACGAAUAAAUAUAUAGAGGGAUUCUUCAAUCACGAUCUUAACUUAACAACUCGUAUAGAUGUUUUUUUUGUCCGUUGAACAGAAACGCGCUCUAACCCUUCGUAUAAGUACAUUUUGUAUUUCUGAUCGAUUGGAAUGUGGCCGUCGAAAAUGUGCUUUUGCAGCAACCGGGACUUGGAACAUGCCAGUAUCUUUCGUUAUGUAUCCAUCACGAUUAACAUGCUAUCACAGAGAGAAAGUUGUCGCGUUUACCACUUAUGAAUGCCUGUUGGAUGGUUUUUCUUCCUUUCUUUCUUUUUCCUCCUUUUGUUUUUCUUUUUCUUUUUCUUUUUUUUUGAUUUUACUGCACAUUAUUACGUGAAUCUUACGCACAGUCUCGUAGAGAAUGUUUACGUGCUCUGUAAACUCAUGAUUAAUUUCGUUAAAAAGGAAACGUCUUAAAUCAAAAGUAAAAGUACUAUUCCAUACUAUAUAUGGGUAUGUUUCCAAAGAUAUGCGGGUUUGUAUAUAAUUGAGUGUCUGUAUAUUCGUUUAUGGUAACAGUCUUGGAUUUUCGAUAAAAAAAAAGAAGAAAAA